UCGUGUGUCAAACGUUUUGUUUGUUUGCGAAGGAACGAAGAGGGCCAACCAAGCCCUUUUCAAAGCCUAUCAACGAAAUGCUACAAGCAACCCCGAGCCACUCUGGAUCUGUGAACCAUUGUUUAUUCGAGGCGAAUUUAUCUGCCACUUCCUUUGCUUUGAUUAGCAUAAAGGAUGACUACAUUGGAUGCGACCAGAGCAGAACUUGGUCUUCUGGUUUUAUAUUUGAACAAGGCUGAAGCCAGGGACAAAAUAUGCAGGGCUAUACAGUAUGGUUCCAAAUUUCUGAGUGAUGGCCAACCUGGUACUGCCCAGAAUGUUGACAAAUCAACCACUUUGGCUCGUAAAGUUUUCCGUCUAUUCAAGUUUGUCAAUGACCUGCAUGCUCUGAUAAGUCCAGCUCCACGGGGGACUCCCCUUCCCUUAAUUUUGUUGGGAAAGUGCAAAAAUGCUUUACUGUCAACUUUCUUGUUUCUUGAUCAAUUUGUGUGGCUUGGCAGAUCUGGCAUCUACCAGAAUAAAGGACGUACAGAGUUAAUUGGUAGAAUAUCACUUUUUUGUUGGAUGGGUUCCUCAGUGUUUAGCACCUUGGUUGAGCUUGGGGAGCUUGGAAGACUCUCUGCUUCGAUGAAGAAGUUAGAGAAGGAACUCAAGAACAGCAAUAAAUAUGAUGAUGAGCAAUACCGUGCUAAGCUAAAAAUGUCAAAUGAGAGGACUCUUGCAGUUAUCAAGGCAGGGAUGGAUAUAGUUGUAGCAGUUGGACUACUUCAAUUGGCACCCAAGAAUGUUACUCCCCGUGUGACUGGAGCCUUUGGACUUGUCACAUCCCUAAUAUCUUGCUAUCAGUUACUUCCUGCCCGAAGCAAGUCCAAAAUACUGUGAAGAUGAAGAGACAGGAUCAAUCUUAUCACGCUUCAUUGUUGUAAAGUAAUUAUGCAUGUUUGUAAGUUAAUGUUGUUGGAUUUGUGCAAUGAGCAUCUGCAUGCUGGCCAAUGAGGUGUCAUCGUCAUGUCAUUAUAAGUAUUAUCAAUACCAAUAUUGUGACAUUUAAUGUUUGCUUAUAGCAGAAACUACGUCAUGCAGGAUGUUUUGUUUGGUCCUAUCUGUAAAACAAAAUGUGUUAGCAUGAUAAAGGAGUGUUAUUUUUCUUAGAA